AUGCUAGGUUGGCUUCUGACUACAAGAUUACGGCGACCCUGCAGCAAUUUCAGACCCUAUACUUACGCUAAGGUUCGUUCCUUCCCGUCACCCGUCACGGGAGGCUCGCUUGCGGUCUUGGCGCUUUGCCCCGCGGGCGCCGGGGGAUCGGCGAACAUGGCCCUUGCAUUUUGGAGCAGUGCGAGAGCUCUGACUGUGAGAGCUGUGCCAUGCCAGGCAAUUUUUUUCUCUCCUCUCAUUACAUUAGCACAGCCUCACAGUGCCUCCAAAUCCCCAAUGCCUCCCUCCACGCUCUGUCGACCCGCUGUCCUGCGAACACUCACGAAUGCUUGCCUAACCCCAAAGCGAUUCGCGAGCAGUGCUCCCUCUGCCUCCCAGCCAGCUCAAUCACCUUGCGCACCACGACAUCUACUCUCUAUAUCCGACCUCCUUCCUUCAGAGCUCACCACCCUCGUCCGAAAUGCCUCCAAAUACAAGACGGCCGUCAAGUCCCACGCCGUCCCCCCACACCUUCAAGCCCGACUUAUGGCUCAGACAGUCGCCAUCAUGUUCACCAAGCGAAGCACCCGCACAAGAGUCUCUACGGAGGGGGCUAUAGCGAUGAUGGGUGGCAACCCGAUGUUCUUGGGAAGCCAAGAUAUUCAACUUGGUGUAAACGAGUCAUUAUACGACACAAGUGUGGUUAUCAGCAGCAUGGUCUCAGCCAUCGUCGCACGAGUCAAUGCCCACGAUGAUGUUGCAACCAUGGCCAAGCACAGCAGCAAGCCAGUCAUCAAUGCACUAUCGGACCUGUACCACCCUCUGCAGAGUAUUGCCGACUUUCAAACACUCCUCGAGGCUUUCCCAAGCUCAGAGAGUGCCGGUGCAGAGAGCUUAGGUCUUGAAGGACUCAAGAUUGCAUGGGUCGGUGACGCAAACAACGUACUGUUCGAUCUUGCUAUCGGUGCUGCCAAGCUUGGUGUCGAGGUCGCUGUGGCCACGCCCAAAGGAUACGAGAUUCCUGACUUCAUGAGAAAUAUCAUCAAGUCAACAAGCCCGAACUUCAAACUCACCGAGACCCAUGAACCAGCUGAAGCUGUCAAGAAUGCCGACGUGCUGGUGACAGAUACCUGGGUCAGCAUGGGUCAAGAAGCCGAGGCGAAGAAGAGGCUGCAAGAUUUUGCAGGCUUCCAGAUCACGAAAGAGCUUGCACAGAGAGGUGGAGCGAAAGAGAGCUGGAAGUUCAUGCAUUGUCUACCACGACACCCUGAAGAGCCUGAUGCUCAGGUCCAGGUCGCCGAUGAAGUCUUCUACUCGCCUGCCAGCCUCGUCUUCCAAGAAGCAGAGAAUCGUCUCUGGGCCGCAGUCGCCGCGUUGGAGGCUUUCGUCGUCAACAAAGGCGAGGUCAUCCCGGCAGAGAUCUCAGAGCAAAUACAUGCAGGACGAGUCAAGGCCAUGAUGGAGAAGCUCACCGGAAAAUCGUCAUGA